GAAGUGCAUCUUCGGAAUCUUCACCCCGGGUACUGCUGAGUAAGGGUCUACGUCCCACCAUAUGCCUUUAUCUGCGCCCCCGGGGCUGUCCCGACUUCUAGAACCACAGCCUGCAAUUUUCAUGCCAGGAAGCUCGGCGCUGGAGUUAGGGCCCUUUGCCCUAAAAGACUCUCAUCUCGUUCCUUGUGACAUCAUCUCUCUUUAUAGACAUCAUCUCCUUUAUAGGUUUGCUUUAUCAAUCAGGAUUUGUAUUUGAUAUUAUCAGAUGCUUUGGGGAAAUAUGCAAGACGUAAAUGAUUAAUACAUAAUUGAAGAUGGCAAGGACAGAUGAGAGCCUCUCCCAGGACACCUGAGGGGGUCUGUCCCAAACCUUCAAGGUAGGAGACACAGUGUGGCCUUUGGGGUCUCUUCUGAACUGUGGCACCCUCAUCUGCCCUGAUUGGUUUCUAUUUUCUUUCAGUAAUUCUGUUGAGAUCAUUUGGAGUUUUUAUCCCAUUUUCCAAAAUGUGGCCUCCACACCCAUGUGUAUGUCAUCUACAGAUACAAGGUCAGGAGCUCAGCGGCCCUUCUGAAGCCACAAAAAAUUCACUGAGAAAGAUCAUGGGAGAUCACCUUGACCUUCUCAUGGGAGUGGUGCUCAUGGCCAGUCCUGUGUUUGGAAUUUCCUCCUGCUCCUUGGAUGGUCGGAUAGCCUUAUAUCGCUUCUGCAACCUCACCCAGGUCCCCCAGAUCCUCAACACCACCGACAGCCUCCUGCUAAGCUUCAACUAUAUCAGGACGAUCACUGCGACAUCAUUCCCAUUCCUGGAGCAGCUACAGCUGCUGGAGCUCGGGACCCAGUUUACCCCCUUGACUAUUGACAGAGAGGCCUUCAGAAACCUGCCCAAUCUUAGAAUCUUGGACCUGGGCAAAAGUCAAAUAGACUUCUUACAUCCAGAUGCUUUUCAGGGACUGUCCCAUCUGUUUGAACUUAGACUGUUUUCCUGUGGUCUCUCAGAUGCUGUAUUAAAAGACGGCUAUUUCAGAAAUUUAAAGUCUUUAACUCGCUUGGAUCUAUCCAUAAAUCAGAUUGGUAGCCUUUACCUUCAUCUUUCAUUUCAGGAAUUGAAUUCCUUAAAAUCCAUAGAUCUUUCCCUCAACCAAAUAUUCACUGUAUGUGAGAGCGAUCUCAAGCCCCUCCAAGGGAAAACGCUCUCCUUUUUUAGCCUCGCACAUAACAACCUGUACAGCAAAGUCCCCGUGGACUGGCAGAAAUGUAUGAACCCAUUCAGAAACAUGGUGCUGGAAACCCUAGAUGUUUCUGGCAACGGCUGGACAGUGGACAUCGCAGGAAACUUUAGCAAUGCCAUCAGUGGAAGCCAGACUUUCUCUCUGGUUCUUGCCCACCACAUCAUGGGUUCUGGAUUUGGCUUCCAUAACAUCAAAGAUCCUGACCAGAACACAUUUGCUGGCCUGGCCAGAAGCUCAGUGACACGCCUGGAUCUUUCUCAUGGGUUUAUCUUCUCCCUGAGCUCCCGGCUCUUUGAGACACUCAAGGACUUGAAUGUUCUGAACCUCGCCCACAACAAGAUAAACAAGAUCGCAAACGAAGCAUUUUAUGGACUCAGCAACCUCCAAAUUCUCAAUAUGUCAUAUAAUCUUCUGGGGGAACUUUAUAAUUCCAAUUUCUAUGGACUACCUAACAUAGCCUACGUUGAUCUUCGAAAGAAUCACAUUGGGAUAAUUCAGGACCAAACAUUCAAAUUCCUGGAAAAAUUAAAUACCUUGGAUCUCCGGGACAAUGCUCUUAAAACCAUUUAUUUUAUUCCAAGCAUACCUAAUAUCUUCUUGGGUGGCAAUAAACUGGUGAUUUUGCCAAACAUCAGCCUUACAGCCAACUUCAUCCAGUUAUCAGAGAACAAGCUAGAGAAACUGGAUGAUCUCUACUUCCUUCUCCAGGUUCCUCAUCUCCAGAUUCUUAUUUUAAAUCAAAAUCGCUUUUCCUCCUGUAGUCGAAAUCAAAGUCAUACCCUUCCAGAGAAUCUCAGCUUGGAACAACUUUUCCUUGGAGAAAAUAUGUUGCAACUUGCCUGGGAAGCAGGGCUCUGUUGGGAUGUUUUUAAGGGGCUUUCCCAUCUCCAAGUUCUGUAUUUGAAUAAUAACUACCUUAAUUUCCUUCCACCUGGAGUGUUUAGUGAUCUGACUGCAUUAAGGGGACUUAGCCUCAACUCCAACAGGUUGACAGUUCUUUCUCCUGGCGAUUUACCUGCUAAUUUAGAAAUCCUGGAUGUAUCCAGAAACCAGCUCCUAUCUCCUGAUCCUAAGUUAUUUGCAUCACUUAGUGUCUUGGACAUAACUCAUAACAAGUUCGUUUGUGCGUGUGAACUUACCAGUUUUAUCAAUUGGCUCAAUCAAACCAGUGUCACCAUAUUUGGGUCUCCUGCAGACAUAUACUGCACGUACCCUAACUCGUUCUUUGGAGCUUCCCUCUACUCUAUUUCCACAGAGGGUUGUGAUGAAGAGGAAGUCUUAAAGUCCCUAAGGUUUGCCCUUUUCAUCUUAUUCACUGUCACUUUGACUCUGUUCUUCAUGACUGUCCUUAUAGUCACGAAGUUCCGGGGCUUUUGUUUCAUCUGUUAUAAGACAGCACAGAGACUGGUGUUCAAGGACCAUUCCCAAAGAACAGAACCUGAUGCAUACAAAUAUGAUGCCUAUUUGUGCUUCAGUAGCAAAGACUUCGAAUGGGUACAGAAUGCUUUGCUCAAACACCUGGAUACUCAGUACAGUGAGCAAAACAGAUUUAAUCUGUGCUUUGAAGAAAGAGAUUUUGUCCCAGGGGAAAACCACAUCGCCAACAUCCAGGAUGCUGUCUGGAGCAGCAGAAAGAUUGUUUGUCUUGUGAGCAGACACUUCCUUAGAGAUGGGUGGUGCCUUGAAGCCUUCAGUUACGCUCAGAGCAGGUGCUUAUCUGACCUCAGCAGUGUCCUCAUCAUGGUGGUGGUCGGGUCCCUGUCCCAGUACCAGUUGAUGAAGCAUCAGUCCAUCAGAGGGUUCGUACAGAAAUGGCAGUACUUGAGGUGGCCCGAGGAUCUCCAGGAUGUUGGCUGGUUUCUUAAUAAACUCUCUGAACAGAUACUAAAGAAAGAAAAAGAAAAGAAGAAAGGUAAUAACAUUGAGUUGCAAACUGUAGCAACCAUCUCCUAGUCAAAGGAGCAGUUUUCAACUUUUCUCAAGCCUCAAAUAACUCUUCACUUUGUAUUUGUACCAAGUUACCAUUUUGGAGUCCUUCCCACAGUUUUUUUUUUUCCCUGCUGUGAAACCAACAUAAAUCUCUUGAUUUUCAUACCAGCACAAUGUUUUGUCCCACUGACCUUCAAAUGGAAAACAAUAGAUCUCAAAAAUUGCACCUGCCCCUAGAGGUUCCCGCUCUCCACUGGUUUCCUUUCAGACCCAAUAGUACUGUCCUCUCCUGUCGCACUGACUGUGGGGUGUAUUCUAGUCGUGGGAACGA